AUGGCUGAUGUCGAGAACGCUCCCGGGAUCAUCGCCCCUGCCAGCCCUGCUCCCUCCAACCCCCAAGAGACCUCUGAACCCGCCAGCCCCAUCGUAGCCGACGUCCACUCCGAGAGCCAGUCCGAGCUGCCUGCUCCCGUCGACCACACCACCGAGGCCGUGGACUACGACGACGUCGAGGCCGUUCCUUCCACAACUGCCCCUGAAGACGCAGGAGUCGUUGUUCCCGCCAGUCCCAGCAACAGCGCGACCUCUGCAAAGACCUCCAGCACUCCUGCCAGCCCUAGCAGCAAGCCUGGUGCUGCUGCCUCGGCCCCCUCCUCUGUCGCUGCCCGUCGUGCUGCUACCGCAGCUACCUUGGCUGCCAACAAGGCCAAGGCUACAGGCACUGCCAGGACCACCGCCAGACCAACAGGAACCACCUCCACUAGAACAGCGACCACGACCUCUCCUCGUACGCCCACCACCUCUGCCACUUCGCCUUCCACAGUCAGACGCACCACCACCCCAAGCACCGCGACCCCAACCACAACUACUUUACGAAGGACUGCUACCGCGACUCCCUCUACUACUACCACUCCUUCAACUGCAACUGCCCGUCGCACUCCCACCACUGCGACCGGAACGAGGACCACCCCAACAACUACAACUCGCACCGCUACAGCAACCGCAACUAGAACUCCCACCACCACCCGCACCCCUCUCAAGUCGACUACUGCCAGCCCUUCUACUACGCGCUCCACGGUCGUCAAGCCUACUCCUGCCUCUACUUCCCCUUCUGGAAUCAAGCGUGUUCCGACCACCUCUUCCACCGGUUCCGCCUCUGGCAGAGCUGGUACUCCCUCCAGAACUGGCUCCGUCACCUCUCCUCCCGGUAGCGUUCGCUCUGUCCGUUCAGCUGGACCUUCAGAGGCCUUGGAGUUGAAGAAGGAGCUGGCUGUCAUUCGUGAGAAGUACGAAGAGGCUUCGGCACAAUUGAAGGUCAAGGAGGAGGAGCUGACCAUCCUUCGCAACACAUUGGAGACAGGCUCCAACUCACACGCAGACACCGUCUCCAGCGAUGGUGGCGAGACGAUUGUUCCUGAGGUUGACCUCUCCAAGAUUGAAGCUCAGAGUCAGGCGUUGGUCGCAGAGGCCAUCGCUGGCAAGGAGCAGGAGAUCGCCACACUCAAGGGCGAGAUCGAAAGUCUUAGCAGCCUUGUUGAGAAACUGCGUGUGGAGCAUGAGGAAAAGAUCAAGGAGUUGAACCAUCAGCAAGCCGAGAAGAAUGCUGCCUCGGAGGCCGAGUUGAUCUCGCUUCACCAGGAACUGGAGGAGUACUCCAAGAAGUACGAGGAGGUUGCCGACCUUCGCCAGAAGCUCGAAGAGUCGCAGGCACUGCACUCGACCACCCUCGAAAAGCUGAACAGGAUCCACGAGGACAAGCUCCAGAGUCUCGAGAUUGAGCUCCAGGCUGCCAGACAGGAGCACUUGGGCGCCGACGAUGACAUCAACGUCAAGUAUGGCCAGGAUCUGGAGGACCUUCGCUUGAGUCACCAGGAGGAGUUGUCUCAGCUGUUGCUUGAUCAUGGUGACGAGGUCGAUACCCUCAAGGAUCGCUUUGAGCAAAAGCUUGAAGAGGUCAAGGAGACGGUUGAGAACGAUCUCCGUGAGCGUCACACCAAGGAGUUGAACAGCGUAUUGGCCGCACACACUGCUGCGCUGAACGACCGUGCAGGAGAAGAGUCGGGUGCCAUUGAAGCUCUCCAGGCCAAGCACGCUGCGGCCCUUGCUGAGUUGAAGGACCAGAUUGAUGCCGAGAACAAGGUUCACGUCGAGGCUGUCAAGCACCAAAUCCAGAAUGAGUCGACUACCGCUCAACAGGCACAUCAGGCACGCAUUGCCGAGCUGGAAGCUGAGUUGAAGACCCUCCAGGAGAAGUACAAUAGCGAGGUUUCAGACUUGAAGAAGAACUCUGGUGCUAGUACUGACUCCCUGAAAGCUGCUCACGACACCGAGCUUGAGUCCCUCAAGGCUCUCCAUGCUCACGAACUCAUUACCGUCGAAAACACCGUCAAGGGUAAGAUGCAGCUGGAGUUGGAUGCAGUUCAGGGCAAGUUCUCGGAGUUUGUGACUGAGGUGCAAAAGUCUCAGGAUGCCGAGAUCAAGAAGCUCGACACCAACUACGAGGCUCGUAUUGCAGAGUUGAUUGUCGAGCACGAGACCCGCGUCGCCGAGUUGCAGAAGGAGGCGAACGACCAAGUCCAGAGCGCCGUCGAGCAAGUGGAGAGCACAUUUGAGGGAGAUCGACAGGAGUUGAAUGCCAGCCACACCAAGGAGUUGGAUGACAUCAAGUCCCUCCACGCCUCGGCCAUCAAGGAUCUCGAGGAACAGCUUACCAAGGCUGAGCACGCCGCCCAGAAGGCCCUGAGCGACUUGGAACAUACCCAGAAGAAAUUGGAGGAGGAAUUGAGCUCUGCCACCGCAGAUGCACAGGAACAGGCCAACGCUGCCAAGGCUUCUCUUCAAGAAUUGAUGGCCAAGUUUGAGAGCGAGAGCAAGACUGCCGCAAAUGUACAUGCCGAGGAGCUGAGCAAAUUGCGUCUUGAGGGAGAGCAGGCUAUUGCAAGGGAGGUUGCCAAAAAGGAGAAAGAAUUUGGUAAAUCACGACUGGCAUUGGAGAAGGAGCUGGACCAGCUUCGUGCCAGCCUUGCUACCGUUCACCAAGAGCGCGACCAGGCUUCUGCUGCUGCUGCUGCCAAGGAAGACCAGUUGAAAGCAGAGCAGACCGCUGCGUUGGAGAAGUUGGCUGCUGAGCACAAGGCUGCCUUGGAGGAGUUGCAGACAUUGACCCAAGCCAACAUGGACAACAUGACCAGGAUGCAUGAGCAGCAUGGUCAGGACCACGAGGCACGCCUCAGAUCUGUCUUGUCGACCCACAAGGAGGAGAUCCAAGGACUGAAGGAGCACCACCAGAACGAGAGCCAGACCAAGGAGAAGGAGUUGAAGGGCCAGGUUUCUGCUUUGGAGGAGAAGGUCAAGGCCCUGGAGGCUGCAUCUCAUGAGGCCCAGGAGGCCAAGGUCAUCUCACUCGAGCUCGAGAAUAUCACCAAGGAGCUCCAAACGAGCAAGGAAAAGAACGACACGCUCAAGGGCGAGAACGAGAUGUUAACCAAGAUGAUGAACCAGCUCCAGGACUCUAUGCGAUAA